GGACUUAGUUUAGUGUAACACUAUCAUAUUCAGUAGGCAAACAUCCUGUUCUGGAUUUUAGGAGGAAGAGCAACUACGUUUUUCAGAUGGCUAUAAUUUUCUUUUUCCAAGCUGCAUUUAUCUAGAACUAUGACUGUUGGCACUCAGAAGAAACUACAACUACAUAUGCAAAAGAUAUCAGGUCUGAAAUAGUAAUGAGGACAAGAAACUGGCGGAACAGAGGACAUGGACAUUCUAGAAAUGAUGAGAGGAGACAUUCUGAUUCAUCACAAACUAGGCAUGGCCGUAGAGCUGGUAAUAAUUACAGGAUCAGCAGUAACAUUUCCACAGUCUCUCAGAAUUCAUCUUCAAACCAAGAUGUAGCCACAACAUCAAGUGGAUCACAGAAUUCUUCUGUACCUGAGCUUCCAGGUUUUUACUAUGAUCCUGAGAAGGACCGGUACUUCCGCCUGCUUCCUGGGCACAAUGCCUGCAACCCUCUCACGAGGGAAGGCAUCAUACAGAAGGAGAUGGAAGCAAAGAGGCUGAAACUAUUGGAGGAAGAAGAGCAGCUGAGGACGAGAACAUCAAGACUUGGCUUGAAUGCUGCUAUGCUGGUGCAGAAAAGGUCUUUAGGUUCCUUGAAUGCUGCUUCCUAUAGCAGGUUAUUUCAUGAGCUAAAAGUGAGAAGCAUGAAACGGCACAAACUAGAAGUCCAGAGUUCAGAUCGUCCGAACAGUAGUGAUGACCUUUUCAAAAUGAUUGUGGCAGAUACAGACUGCAAGCGGCUGUUCACAGUCAGCGAUGUGGACCAUGGAGGGUGUAAAUAUGGGAUUAUGAAUCUGAACGGGUUAAAGAAAGGUGUUUUGGCAGUGGAAAUGUGUGAUAAUCUGUACUUCACAAACAGGAAGGUCAAUGCCAUCUCCUGGGCAUCAGUGACUCAUCCAGAUUCCCAUAUCUUACUUUGUUUGGUGGGGAUUGCCGAGACCCCAGGCUGUGUCAGUCUGUUACCAGCAGCUUUAUUUUCCAAUUCAAGUGCAGAACAGCCUGGCAUGCUGUGCAGUUUUAAGAUUUCCACAGCCUGGUCCUGUGCCUGGUGCCUGUGUCCACAGGCUGAUAAAAGCUUCAGCACAGGCCUCUCCAGAUGUGUCCUUGUCACUGAUGCAGUCACUGGUCACAGACAGACUUUUGGAAUUAACAGUGAUGUUUUGGCACAGCAGUUUACUAAAAGGGCACCAGUGCUGUAUAAUGGUUGUCGUUCUGGUGAGAUUUUCAAAAUUGAUAUCAGACAGCGAAGUCAGAGAGGGUCAAACUAUAAGAGGUCCUCCUUCUUUCAAGAUUCUGCCAUCACCUCAUUGCAGAUCCUCAGGGAUGAAAAUUACUUGUUGGCAGGAGAUAUGGCAGGCAAAAUUCAGCUUUGGGACCUAAGGAUGUCACGGAAAGUGAAGCAGUAUGAAGGUCAUAACAAUGAAUAUGCCUAUCUUCCUGUACAUGUCAAUGAAGAUGAAGGACUGAUCACAGCAGUUGGCCAGGACUGUUACACAAGAAUCUGGAGUCUGCAGGAUACUAAGCUUCUCCGAACCAUCCCCUCCCCCUACCCAGCAUCCAAGGACACCAUUCCAUGUGUGGCCCUAUCAUCCUGCCUAGGUGGAAGACAGGCACUGCCUGGAAUGCUUAUGGCUGUUAAACAAGAUCUCUACUUUUUCUCCUAUAACUCAGAGUAUCAGAGAUGCCAACUGUGAAAAGGAGGGACUACAUUUACGCUCCAGUUUUUGAUCAGUGUGAAAAUGCUGUGAAAUUUAUUGAACAUACAAAUCAGUAGGUGAACCCUUCCUCGAGUAGAAAGAAUGCCUCAUCAAUGAGGGCAUCUUUCAUUUACUUAGGGGUUGACUAAUAUUAUGUAGUAGCCAAUUUCGGAACCCUAGGAAUUUUUCCUACUAAUGUAAUUAGCAUGACAGAUUUACGCUGCUCUGCAGUGUGAGUUAUGUAGGUUAAUGAUGCAGUUUGAAAUACUUUUCAAGCCUCCACUUCAAACAAUGUUAUUAUGUAUUUGUAUACAUAAGCUUUUACUGUGAAGGAGUCAUUUCAUAGGUUCAUAGGUAUAUACUAAGCUUCAUUUGUAUGGGGAGCCAAUUCCAGAGCAAGGGGAUCCUUUGAGAUACAUAUCUGUCUUGCCAGCAUGUUCUAUUUAGGUUGCAAGAAAAGUUCAGAUCCAUGGCUAUAGCAUUUAUGGUGCUGCUUGUUUUGUCCAAAAGCUCCAUCAGGGCUGAAUCUAAGGAUGCCUUAUAUACCAAGCACAGAUCACCUCUUAACAACUUGUAAUGGACCGAGUGUAGAAACAGGGCUCUAAGGUGAUCUGCAUAUGAUGUUCUGUUAGUACUCUGGAUUCUCUUGGUGAGGCAGCUUGUUGCAUAUGCUUAGUUAUAUACUGAAAGGGGCAUUGGACUUGAUGGAUCUAAUUAGGGACGAGUAGAGUGGUUCUGUAACUUCCUUGGAGCUGGAUGCCAUGCCCUUUACAAUUUGGGCAGCAUAGAAUAAUUUUCUUACUGCCUUGGCUACGUGUUGGUCAAAGGCCAGAUUACUGUCUUCAUAUGUUCCAGGAUUUCUAACUACCGGGUCAACUCUUUAGGGGUGUCUUAUCAAUGCAGUAAUUUGCCUGGGUGGACAUUUUCCCAAAAUUCACUUCUUUGCAUUGAGUUUUAAUCCUUAAGCACCAGUCAUUUCUCUGCAUUAGACCCUCUU